ACGAUGAAUCAGCUGACGAUAAACUUUCCUUAACCUCUGGAAUAUGAGAAAUCUGGAUUUCAAAUUUGCAACGGUCCUUGAUUUGCAAUGAAUAGAUAGAUCAAUUCACCAAAUUAUUCAGCCGACAGGUUUUAACCGGUAGAUCUUGCCAUUAAACCAUCUUUAGGGCACCGGAAACCAACGAUUUCGUACAAGGACGAAAUAAUAUUGUAUCGGACUCAAGAAUCUAUUUUCUCUUAGAGCUCGAUAUGUUUAGAUCUAAUUUGCAUUUAUUGUGACAAGAUCGUAUUAGUUUUCCCGCGAACUCUGCCCAUUUUUUUCAUCGACAUUGCUGACAGCGCGGCACAAUUUGUGAAGAUUCUUGAGUUCAAAAGGAUUUUUCACAGCCGCGCGGUAGCAUUUCUUUUCUGUUCUCAUAGGGUUGGAGUUUCUCUUUGGGCAAAAAAUAACAGAGGUAUUCUCUACAUAAAGGCACUUGUAUGGUUGAAGAAAUUUCAGAGUACUAGAGCAGGAUAGUAAAGAGGUGCACAGCAUUGAUCUUCAAGCAAAGGACAUGGAUCCUAAGCAAGGGGGUGCAGAUCUAUCUCCAGAUUCAUCUCUUCCUAAGGAGGCUUACAAAGAUCCUGAUGAUGGUAGGCAACGGCUUUUGCUGGAAUUGGAAUUUAUACAGUGCCUUGCCAAUCCAACUUACAUACAUUAUCUGGCUCAGAAUCGUUACUUUGAUGACGAGGCAUUCAUUGGUUACUUAAAAUAUCUGCAGUAUUGGCAGCGUCCGGAGUAUGUAAAAUUCAUUAUGUACCCUCAUUGUCUAUUUUUCCUUGAACUUCUGCAAAACGCUAAUUUCCGAAAUGCAAUGGCACAUCCACAAAACAAGGUCCAAUUUUGUCCUCCUCAAGUCAGAUUUGUCCUCUUUCAGGAAUUGGCCCAUCGACAACAAUUUUACUUCUGGAAAAAUUAUAGAAAUAACAGGCUAAAGCACAUCCUACCUCGGCCACUUCCUGAGGCAGCACCCCCUCCCCCCACUUCUGAAGCAGCUGCUGCACCAGCUCCUGCACAGACAAUGCCACCUGCAGCACCAGCUGUUUCUGGCCUCCCAAAGGUUGAAAACACGCGGGGUAGUGGUGGAGAUCGAAGGAAGAGAAAGCAUGGUAACUAAUGUUGAAGACUUACAUUGUUGCGUGUUGUACAUCAAACCAUUAUGUCUGGAAGUUAUCUAUAAAAUGCACCAGCUCCUGCACAGACAAUGCCGCUUUUAGCAACAGCUGUAUCUGGUUCCCCAAAGGCUGAAAGCACACAGGUUAGUGGUGGAGAACGGAGGAAGAGAAGGCACAUUAACUGACGUUGAAAGCUUACAUUGUUGCAUGUUGUACACAUCAAACCAUUAUGUAUUAGAAUAUGCAAUAAAUUUUGUAUUAGAAAUUAUUACAUUUGGAAAGGUUCAGAAACGUGCAGGAAUUAAAUGAAAAAGCAGACAUGAAUUGUGCCUCUUUGAAUCUCAAUCCAUCUUUAUAGUUUCUUUCAUAAAGAUGAAUGGCAUUUGUUUACAGAAUCAGGCUGAAGAUAUUCAGUAUUUACAUCUGAAAAGUUAGAACUAUACUAGUAAGUAGAAGAUUCGUGUUAGUAUCAAGGGAUCCUAAAAACUGCUUACAUGAUCUAUUGAAAAAUUAAAUUGGAACUCUGCAGAAGUGAAAGCAAGAUUCAUCAAACACAAAUGUUGAUUAUUCAUCCUUGCACAGGGGACAUGCUAAUCUUCUCUGUAUCGUUCCAAUUUUAUUGGAUGUCUCCAAAGAGACAACACAAACGUUGAUUAUUACCCGAAAACUCACUACAUCAACAUCUGUUUACUGAGUAUAACAUAUCAUGAGAAGCAUGUGUAUGGAUUUCAUAGAUUAAUAUUUAUGUUUAUGAAGAUGAAUUGAGUGACAUUUCUUUUGUA